AAAUACCGCUGCCGGACGCCCACCAGCCCCUCCACCUGGGCAGCCACUGCCCUCCCGUCAGACCCUGCGCGGGAGGGGCGGUCCCGGCGUGCUAUGCGCCGCUUCCUGUCGGCGUCUCUUCCUUUUAGCUGCGGCCGCCGCCCGCCUCGGAGCUGCCGCCAUCAUGAAGGUCGAGUUGUGCAGUUUCAGCGGGUACAAGAUUUACCCGGGCCAUGGGCGCCGCUACGCCCGCACCGACGGCAAGGUUUUUCAGUUCUUGAAUGCAAAAUGUGAGUCUGCAUUCCUUUCCAAGAGAAACCCCCGUCAGAUCAACUGGACUGUUCUGUAUCGGCGUAAACACAAGAAAGGACAGUCAGAAGAGGUACAAAAGAAGCGUACGCGCCGUGCUGUUAAGUUCCAGAGGGCUAUCACUGGUGCAUCUUUAGCUGAGAUCAUGGCUAAACGAAAUCAGAAGCCCGAAGUACGAAAGGCGCAGAGGGAACAAGCUAUUAGGGCUGCAAAAGAAGCCAAGAAGGCUAAGCAGGCAACCAAGAAAACAGCCGUUUCUGCUGCAAAGGCUCCUACAAAGGCGGCACCUAAGCAGAAGAUUGUGAAGCCAGUCAAGGUUUCUGCUCCCCGUGUUGGUGGAAAGCGCUAACUUGCCAAACUGUUAGUAUGCUGAAUAAACAUCUGACUAACUUUUA